AUGGGAUUUCUUUUCCAGGGAGCAGAGUCGAUCAUUUCAGAUGACGGAGAGACUAUUUCAAAGAAGCGUGUAAGCAAGUCUUAUAGAAUAAAGACUCUGGAUCAGAAGAUAACAAGGAGUAGGACAAGACGGGAGGCUAAAAUUCUGAAGAAACUUGAGGAACUCGGGAUGCCAGCACCAAGAUUAAUAAAUGUGUGUGAUGACACUAUUGUGAUGGAAAAGAUAGAUGGAGUGGUUCUUAAGAAAAGAAUCGAGGAUUCCGAUGACCCAAGAGCCCUCUUCUUCGAGCUAGGGACCCUUGUCUCCAAGAUCCAUCUUGCAAACAUAGUUCAUGGGGAUCUAACAACAUCGAACUUUAUAUCGGGAGACAAAAUAUAUGCAAUUGACUUUGGACUAUCCUAUGUUUCCCUUAAGGACGAAGACAAGGCUGUUGAUUUGUAUGUUUUUGAAAGGGCAGUCGGAUGUUCACACGAUUCCAAAUUCUUGGAGAACUUUUAUGAAGGUUAUAUGAGGGGGGGAAAUGAGGAUGUGGUGAGGAGGCUGGAGUCUGUUCGUCUUCGGGGUAGAAAAAGAGAGUCCAUGGCCUUUGGAUGA